AUGUUGCAUAAACGCCCUUCAAGAAAGAGAUCUGCUUCUACUUUGCAUCCAGGAUGCAUGCUAUUAAUCGUCGUACUUUGCCUUAUUGUUUACUAUUUUGCUGUGCCAAGUUAUUUAUUGGUUGGCAAGAGAUCAUCCAGGGGCGCCCUGGAUCAAAAAUCUGAAAGCACAUUUAAGCUUAAGUCUAUCUACAGACAUGGCGUCGGAGCAAACCAUCGCCUGCAACAGAGGCUGGAGGUGACUCCGGAAGUAAUUUCUGCUGCUGGAACACUGUACCAAGAAAUCGCAGCUCAAAUACAAGAUAACGAAGACCAGGAACCCCUAUGGACUAACAAUGCCGAAUAUGCUACCAAUAACCCAUUUGCCUUUGAAUUUCAGCUGCGAGGGGUGCCGCUAAUGAUGAAACGGAUGAAGCAAAGAGAUCCUGAUUUCAUAGAGUCGUAUAUAUACGGAGAAACAUACAUGACAGAGGACGAAGAACACGCCAUGUGGAUAGAUGAUGAUAUUGUGGCACCCAAUGUCACAGAUAGAGAUACUGUAGUUUCAUUAGCACUGAUGUCGUCUAAUGCUUAUGUAAGAAUACCACAAACGGGGGACUGGCGUAAUGUCACGGAACCAUGGAAUGAAACGGAACCGGAAGAUUUUGGCUGGGACGGUGACGGUAUACGUGGCCACGUAUUCUACAAUGAACUGGAGAACAUCGUGGUGCUUUCGAUAAAGGGAACUAGCGCGCAGGGUUUGCCAGGGUCUGGCGAAGAUGAAACAACGGGAAACGAUAAGAUCAACGACAAUUUGCUAUUUUCCUGUUGUUGUGCAAGAGUAAGCUAUCUGUGGACAACCGUGUGCGAUUGCUAUGUGAAGUCGUAUACAUGCGAUGAGUCUUGCUUAGAAAAGGAGCUGAGACGUAAGGAUAGAUUCUAUUCUGCUAUCGUUGACAUAUACAAAGGCGUCCUGAAAGAAUACCCUGAUGCAGCCAUGUGGGUCACAGGUCACUCACUGGGGGGCGCAUUGGCUAGUUUACUGGGACGCACUUUUGGAUUGCCUGCGGUCGCAUUCGAGUCUCCUGGAGAGCUACUAGCUUCAAAAAGAUUACACCUGCCAUUCCCACCAGGGCUACCCUCAUACAUGGAGGGUAUUUGGCAUUUCGGUCACAACGCAGACCCGAUCUUCAUGGGUACAUGUAACGGAGCUAGUUCAAGUUGCUCACUAGUAGGCUACGCUAUGGAAACCGCGUGCCACACCGGUAGAGUAUGUGUCUACGAUGUGGUCAACGACAAGGGAUGGAGUGUCAACAUGUUUAACCACAGGAUCCACAAAGUCAUUGACGAAGUUCUUCUUGGAUACGACCAGGCUGCCAAGUGUGUAGAACCGGAGCCCUGCGUGGAUUGCUACAACUGGAACUUUAUUCCAAGCAGAAACUGGGAAUCCUCAUCGAGGCUCAUCACCAAGACUAAAAGCCAGGCUGCACCCACUAGAACAACUCGCACCACUACUACCACAUCAUCAUCUACCUGCGUAGGCCGCAAUUGGCUUGGCUUUUGCACCAAAUACGAGUUGUAA